AUGCCCUCCCGCAAGCGCGCAGCCGUCAUUGGUGCAAUCGCUCUCCCAUGGCUCGUAGCGGCGAUCCCAGCAGCACCAGCUCCAGCUGCAGCGCUGACGGCAGCAGCCGAAUGCGCGCCGCUCCCGUCGGCAGGUAAGUAUCCCACGUGGGACAAGCUCCCGAAGCAGACCACGCUACCGGACCCGUGGCUACCGCUCGCCUACACGACGACCGAUAGCGAGGGCGGAAGCUCGCCGUCUUUCGCCUCCGACGUGAUGACCGGCAAGGGAAAGAACCGCAUCCAGACGCCCGAGGAAUGGUACCGAUGCAGACAGCCCGAGAUCCUGCAAAUGUUACAGGAAUACCAAUACGGCUACUACCCCGACCACUCGAAAGAAACGGUCAAAGCGACGCGCAGCGGCAACACGGUGAACAUCGAAGUGACGGCGGGCGGCAAGACCGGCAAGUUCAGCGCGACCCUGGCGCUCCCGCCGUCGUCGUCGCCGGCUAAGCCCGCGCCCGUCGUCAUCAACAUCGGCGGCAUGACCAACCAGCCGUACCUGCAGGCGGGCAUCGCCGUCGUCGGCUUCGACUACUCGCGCGUCGCCGCCGACAGCAACGCCAAGACGGGCGCGUUCUGGGAUAUCUACAACGGGAGGGAUAUCGGCGUCCUCACAGCAUGGGCAUGGGGCUUCCACCGGGUCCUCGACGCGCUCAACGCGACGGUGGCGGAAAUCGACAGCUCCCGGGUGGGGGUGACGGGGUGCUCGCGGCUGGGCAAAGCGGCGCUAGCAGCGGGGCUGCUGGACGCGCGCAUCACGUUGACGAUGCCGAUGAGCAGCGGCGUGCAGGGGCUGGGCCCGUACCGGUACCACGGGCUGAGCGGGCAGGACGAGACGCUGGAGAACAGCAAGAGCGGCGCCGGCUGGUGGACCGACAAGGCCCUCGGCACCUUCGUCGGCCACGCCGAGAACCUGCCCUACGACGCCCACACCAUCGCCGCCGCCAUCGCCCCCCGCGCCCUCGUCAUCGACCAGGGCACCGGCGACCAGUUCACCAACUCCAAGGGCACCUCCGUCGUCGUGUACCCCGCCGCGAAGCUCGUGUACAGCUGGCUCGGCGUGCCGGACCAGAUCGCCAUGUCGGUUCGUGGAGGCGGGCAUUGCGAUAUGAGCGGGUUUAACAGCGUUCUGCCCUUCGUCACCAAAAUCCUCCAAAACCAGACCAUCACCAAGGACUACGAUGACCUCGGCAGCUACGGCUCUCCAAUGUCGACAACUUAUCCCUGGGCGACGGCAGUACCCAAAGCGGCCUAG